GCCAAGAAAAUUCCCAUGUGCAUCGUGCAAGAACGUCGAGAAGAGAAGAAAAUGCCAAGAAAAGAAACAGCGAAGCCGUUGCACGAAUUGAUUGGGAAUUUAUUGCCAAGAAAGUUCGGAGCUUGGUCCACCAACCGUGGCUCCUUUCGGAAUUCCUUCGCGACCAAGUUUGCGCCUCUAUCACGCGUUUCCAUCUCCCAUCUUGUGUUGCCGUGUACGCUCUCAUUUUUAUCGGGAACGCCAUCUGGUCGACACCCACAUCGUAGCUUGUUCUUCUCCUGGUUCUUGCUCGGGUUCUUCGAGAAAGUUGUCGAGUCCACGGCAGACGGCAUGGAAGUAGCAGACUCCAAUGUAAUGACACUUGAAACGGUGAGAGACUCCUUGAUCAGAGAAGAAGAUACGAUCAUAUUCUCUCUCAUUGAGAGAACUAAAUACCCCAUUAAUGUCGGUGCUUACGAUAAAUCCAAAACUGCAAUUUCUGGGUGCUCUGAUUCAUUAGUAGAGUUCAUGGUUAAGGAAACAGAAGCUGCUUAUGCUAAGUGCGGUCGGUAUGAAAACCCAGAAGAACAUCCUUUCUUCCCUGAUGGCUUGCCAACCUCACUUGUGCCGGCUUUCAACUAUCCAAAGAUUUUGCAUCCUGCAGCUGCUUCAAUUAAUGUAAACAGUACUAUAUGGGAAAUGUAUUUCACUCAACUGCUUCCACUGAUUACUGUCGCUGGGGAUGAUGGCAACUAUGCCUCUACGGCUGUCAGUGAUCUUGCAUGUUUGCAGGCCCUCUCUAGAAGAAUCCAUUAUGGAAAAUUCGUGGCUGAGGUUAAAUUUAAGGAUGCUCCUCAAGAGUAUGAGCCUGCAAUUCUUUCCCAGGAUAGAGAUGCUCUGAUGAAGUUGCUGACCUUUGAGAGCGUAGAGGAGAUGGUGAAGAAGAGGGUCGCCAAGAAGACAAUGCUGUUUGGGCAGGAGGUGAGCCUCGAUGACAAUUACCAUGAGAAGAAGCUAAAGAUCAAUCCCGUCAUUGUUUCUCGCCUCUACGAAGAAUGGGUGAUGCCUUUAACCAAGCUAGUGGAGGUUGAGUACCUCCUACGCCGCCUAGAUUAAUGCAUACUCUGUACUGCAACUCUGCACUAUGGAUCAAGAUCAUACUUAUCUUCCUAUCUUUUGAUAUUAAAGAGCUGAGAUCAUGUGUAAGAAA